CUAGCCUGACCCCGGAAGUGUUGGCUUAAACGCGCUCGCGAGCAUAAAACAAACGAGAGAUAAAAUAAAAUACAAAUUUUCAGUAAAGACUGUAGACAUAAACACGAGGUGGAAAUAAGAAUCUAUAGACAAAAUGUACACUUAAUUUUCCACGAGAACGUGUUUGACUCACUUCCACGUGUCACUGUGAUGUGUAUAGCACCGCAUUAGGGUUUCACUUUAUUAGCACAUGUAGUGCACGUAUGCAGGGCGUAUAGAGUUGUUUGGGAUUUAAGCAGGCUGCCUGUAAUUUGAUAUCAAACCUGAAUGUUCUCUUUACAUUUAAUGUGUUUAAAAUAAAUGGAAGCGACUACAGAAGAUCCCUGCGAUCUGCAGCGACAGGUUGAAGAAAUCGAAGCACUUUCCUCUAUUUAUGGGGACGAGUGGUGUGUGAUCGACGAGGCAUCGAGGGUGUUUUGUAUCAGAAUAUCAGAUGACAUUUCUGAACAGAAAUGUUCAGUUUGUUUACAGGUCAUACUACCUGAAGACUACCCGAGCUCCUCACCUCCAAUAUACCAAAUAAAUGCUGCAUGGUUAAGAGGUCUAGACAGAAUUACACUGUCAAACAGCCUCGAGGAACUCUAUCUGGAAAAUCCUGGAGAGAGCAUCCUGUACCUGUGGGUGGAGAAAAUUCGAGAAUUCCUGGUAGACAGGUCACAAGACGCAAACGCAGAUGGACUGGAGCCACAGUAUGCAAAAAUGACAGAGGAACAGGAUGACGACUUGGAUGAGGGUGAAUUUCCAGAUUACAGCGUCCUGAGGCUCAGCACUGAGCAGACGCAUCUUUUCUCUGUCUCCUCCGCAGAUUCAGAUGAGGAGCUCCCAGUGAUUAAACAUGGCGAGGCAAUCACAGACAGACGCAGCACAUUUCAACCUCAUUUAGCUCUUGUAGUGACACCUAAACAGGUCCAGAGGGUGCUAGACAAACUGUAUGAAAACAAGAAAAUUGCAAGUGCCACCCACAACAUAUACGCAUACAGGAUUUACUGUGAAGAUAAAAACACAUUCCUACAGGAUUGUGAGGAUGAUGGAGAAACGGCUGCUGGUGGGAGACUGCUUCAUCUACUGCAGAUUCUGGAUGUAAGGAAUGUGCUAGUGGUGGUGUCACGAUGGUACGGUGGAAUCCUGCUCGGCCCUGACCGCUUCAAACACAUCAACAACUGCGCAAGGAACAUCCUUGUUCAAGAGGGCUACGCUGAAACCAUGGAUGAAGCAUCUAAACCAGGGGGAAAGAGCAAAAAGCCCAAAAGCAAGAAGAUGAAGUGAAGUCGCCUGUGUGCAUGUUUGUGUGCGUGUGUGUGCCUCAGUGUUUAUAUAGUCUCUCAGGGAUGUGUGUGUCACCAGGCAGGUACGAGAGGAUAAGAGGCCAAACGCAGCAGAAGAAAAGAAGCUUUGAUUGAAGUAUAAAUAAAGACAUCAUUUCUACACAACAUUCAUUUUGUCAUACUCAAAAUAUAUAUAACCGAAAAGGGAUUGUGCAUAUAUUUUUAAAAAUUAAAACAAGCCAAGGACAUUCAUGCA